AAGGGACUCACCAGUCAAGCAUAUUCCACUCCCUAGGGUUGGAGAAUACACGUCAUGGCUCGUUUUAGAAACGGUAGGCGAAGUUUCAUCUUAGUAGGCGUUUGCUCCCGUAGCUUGAAUCUUAGCUUAUCUUCUCCAACCAUUCCCCCAGCCCCAGCAAAGGGUCAAGUUGCCUACCAAGCAACUUGCCAACGGCCAGAGUCCUGCUUCUUCCGACGCCCAGUAGGUUCCAUACUAGUCUAUCAUGUUGGUUUCCGAGUCGCAGUAUAAGCCGGUCAUUUACGACACCCUGUUGGACGAUCGCGUGCAGGGUCUGAUCAAGACCACAUUGCUUCAGCCCGAGCACGCGAUCGUCAACACCUACGUGCGGCGCUUCGACCACAGUCUCUACAAGUACAUAUAUCACAAGGAUUUCGGACUUAGAAGAGAACUUGGUCCAAAUCACAUGAUGCAAAAAGAACUCCGUAUCCGAGCAAAAUUACUAGUGCAGUUUAUUGACUACUGUGUAUUGAAACACACAACCAUAUACAAAGCAACUAAGAUAAGAGCAGCACGGCUAAUUGCAACAAAAAAAUUUGAAGUUACCAAUACUGUAGUAUUGAUUUAG